UUUUUGCGGACUUUUUUUUAAAUAAAAAUUGAAGCUUUAAUAAAAUAAAUAUUGAAGAUAAAAGAACCUCGCGUGAAACUAUAACACUAGGUGAUGAUAUGCCUUCAAAAACAUCUACACAAUCUAAAAGUAAUAAAAAUCAAGAUAGAAAAAAAGACAAAACAAAAAAAAAUGAUGAUGAUGUAGUUAGUAUAUCCUCAAGUGAAGAUGAAAAUAAUCAAAAAGAAAGUGAAUCAGAUGCCCCUUCUGAUGAUGAAAAAGGAAGUUCUCCAAGCGGAAAAGAUGGUGGUAGCAAUGAAACUGCUUCCAAAACAAGUAAUUCUGACAAAUCAGAAAGUGACAAAUCUUCUGAUAAAUCUUCUGGUCGAUCGACAAGUGGAAAUAGCAGUGAUGGGGGAAAUUCAAGUUCAACCUCGCCAAGUUCAAACUCAAAAGCUUCCAAGGACGGAAAUACUUCUGACAGUUCUUCCGGAAGUUCUUCCGGAAAUUCUGGCGAUAAUCAGGGAAAAGAAAAACGUAAAAAUAGGAGAAGUCAACGAUCUGUCGGGCAAAUUUUGAAAGAUGACGAUAAAAAGGGGAAAAAGCCUGUGUAUGUGGAUUUAACUUUAACUGAUGAUGAAGAUGAAUUGGAAAAUGUUAAAAAUUCUGUUGAUGAAAAUGAAGAGACUAAAAAAGCAAAAACUAAAAAAAUUGGGGAAAUUUUGGGAAAGAGUACUGUGGGGAAUUCUGAUAAAGAAUUUAAAAUUAGAGAUUAUGUUAAAUCGGCAAUCAGUAAAGAAGACAAAGAAUUUUUUGAUAAAAUAAGUAAUUCUUUUAAAGAUUACAGCACUCCCAUUAUUCAUCUCCCAUGA